GGCUCCGGCUCCAGUCGCUGCGUCCGGAGGAGCCCCGCACACGGGAGAAGCGGCCAUGGCACGGUACCAGCUAGAGCAGGACGACUGGCUGGUGGUCUACCUGAAGUACUUACUGUUCGUCUUCAACUUCUUCUUCUGGGUGGGAGGGGCAGCCGUCAUGGCCGUGGGUGUGUGGACCCUGGUGGAGAAGAGCGGCUACCUCGGCGUCCUGGCUUCCAGCACCUUCGUCACCUCUGCCUACAUCCUCAUCUUUGCCGGCGCUCUCGUCAUGGGCACCGGCUUCCUGGGCUUCGGCGCCAUCAUCCGGGAGCAGAAGAGCUGCCUUUCCACAUAUUUCUGCCUGCUGCUUGUCAUCUUCCUGGUGGAGCUGGUGGCAGGAGUCCUGGCCCACGCGUACUGCCAGAGGCUGAGUGAGGAGCUGAAGCAGCACUUGAACCGGACGCUCACUGAGAGCUACGGGCAGCCCCGAGCCGCGGACAUCACAGCCUCGGUGGACCGCCUGCAGCAGGACUUCAAGUGCUGUGGGAGCAACAGCUCAGCCGACUGGCAGCGCAGCCUGUACAUCCUGUCCCGGGCGGCAGAGGGCCGCCGGGUGCCAGACAGCUGCUGCAAGACGGUGGUGGCGCGCUGCGGCCAGCGGGCCCACCCCUCCAACAUCUACAAGGUGGAGGGAGGCUGCAUCACCAAGCUGGAGCAGUUCCUGGCCGACCACCUGCUGCUGAUGGGGGCGGUGGGCAUCGGGGUGGCCUGCCUGCAGAUCUGCGGGAUGAUCCUCACCUGCUGCCUGCACCGGCGGCUCCUGCGGCGUCCUUACUGACGGCCACGCUGCCCGCUGCCCGGCGCCCGGCGCCCUGAGGACGGGGCUCGACGGGGCUCCCGUGCUGUCCACCAGCUCUGCAGUCAGCACCGGCUCCACGCGGGCCACAGCGCCCCCUGCUGUGUGCCCCGCCCCUGCGAGCCCUCGGGGGGCUCUUCCCACCUAAGGCAGAGCCCCUCGGCUCCAUCCCUCCGUUUCUCACUGCGGUGCCAGACCUGGGGCCGGCGGCCCUCACCAGGCAGGAGGGUGCCCGUGGGUUAUCGGAGGGUGGGCGCUGGCCUCUCUGCUCCCGCCAGCUCCCAAACCUGGAACAAAGGCCUGAGAAUUGGUCCCUCAAGGGCUUCUGCAUUGCAUUCAGUGCACGGCUUCCCCUGCCGGUGCUGAGCAGCUCAGCUCUCUGGGAAAUGCCUGGGCGGGGGGGAGUCAGUUAGGUUU